CGUACAUAUGUAAGUAAAUCAGUUGUUCGUCACAUGUUCGACGUGAAUGUUCGCCAGACGUCGUUUGUUAUAAAAUUUUCCAAAUUAGCUAAUCAAAAGGCGAUUUUUCUGUGUAUUGUGAAGCAUUUUUACUUGUGGCAAAACCUUAUUUUCCAAUAGAUGAAAGUCGAAAAAUUGUGCUAAAUUAUCAAGUGCAAAUUCUAAAAGCAAAACUAAACCUGAGUGCAAGAAAUAAAGUGCAUUUUUGUUGUUCGAUUCAUAUGAGUGCGUAUUCUUGAUGUGUUUGUGAUUAAGAAAAAAAAAAACAAAAACAAAAACAUAAAAAUAAAAUCUAAAACAGAUAAAACCGCUUAUGAAUACAUUUUAAAGGUCCACGUUGCGCUAAUUUUUGCAUUGAAAACUAAAAAACGUGCGCGCGUGCUACAACAAUAAGUUGGAAAUCGGUAGAAAAAAUCUCAACGGCACAAAUAAAACUUUCGUAGUUCAGUUCGGCGCGAAUCGAAAACAAUAACAACAGCAACAAUAAAACGUUUCGGCUGCAACAUAAACAGUGUGCUCGCACUUGCUAGAUAACCUUCACGAAAAAACAGUGUGCAAUUAAUUUUUGUGCGAAAAAUUUUAAUAUACUUAAUUAAAUAAAUAAUACGGGAAAUAUUAACUAAGAAGAAAAAUAUAACUUUUAAUCUAAUAAAAGUGUUUAAACCCCGCAGCGAAGUGAUAAAAGUAAGCAAUAACAAUUACAACAGCGCUGUGUCCAACAAUCAGAGAGAAUACACUUAUAAAAUUGUGUUGUGAAAUUAGAAAAGAGGCAAACAAUUGUGUGGUGUCAAUUUUAAAACAACAAAUAGAUUAGGCAACUCCAUGACACACGAUCUAAACAGCUAUAAGAGUAACAAUUAAGUAAAACAAAGUUUUGCACGAACUACAUUAGCCUGAAAAAAAAAUAAAUAACCAACAGUAAAAAGUUUACGAUCACACUAAUAAAUUAAUAAAUAAAAAUAUUCAAACAAAAUAAAUAAAUAACACAAACACUUAAAGGCCUCACUUUUGGAGAACCCAUCCUACCUCAACUGUUGGCAUAUGUAUGCGCGGAGAGUUUGUAGAGAAGAUCGAGUGAGCGGUAAAUAAGUGUAGAAAAAACCGGAAAGUCGACAAGGGCAGACGGCGAAGGUGAAAGCGGAAAGUGAAAUUGAAAAAGCGCAGCAAAGGCAAAGUAGAAAAGAGUAGCAAAUAUACAGAAAUAAUAACAACACGGCAGCAAUCGUGUGGAGAGCGACAAAUUGCGCAGUCGGUACUAACGUCAUAACGUUGGGCGAAACAAAAAAAAACUAAAAAAUAAAUAAUAAAAGAUCGCCAGCGACAAAAGCGCCUAACUACUGGAAACUGUUCCGUCAGUAAUAAAACAACAACAGUAGUUUGUCAAGCAGCACGAACGAUAGGUGAGUGUGCAGUGAAUUGUGAAAAAGCCAACGACAGCACAGUUAAACGCCGGCAGCGCCGAAAGUUUUGUGAGUUUUUUUUUUUUUUUUUUUGGUAUUGCACAGUCGUAUAAUAGACGAAGUGAGAGUUUAACGCGUGUGUACGAGGUGCUGAAAAACAAACGGAAACACGGAAAGAUAGCAUUUCGAAAUUCGAUUUCACAAAUUCAAAGUUCCAUUUCGCAAAUUCGAGAUUCAUUAAAACACUAGACACAGUGCAAAGUGUUGACACGUGGUGUCUAAAAAAAACUAACCAAUAUUAAGAUUUGGAAAUUUCGAAAAUAACUUCGAGUUUUCGAAAUUCAAAAACGUACGAUUUUAUAAAGUUUGAGCAAUAAAUUUGAGUUUGAAACAACCAAAAGAGCAACAACAACUCAGCCGCAACAACCCGGUAGACAACUAUAAAGAGCCAGUUAUUAGUGAGUGUGCGCGUGUGUGUGGUAUUGUGCUUGAGUGAGUUUCAACGACGACAACAACAACAACAACAACAACAACAAGAACCGCUGCAAAGCGCAUCAUGGUGAAUACCAACAACACAGCAACGUUGGCUACAACAAACUCAACGGCAUCGACAACAGCAACAACAGCAACAACAGCUGCAGCAAUAACAACAAAUAGCACAACAUUGACCAAGGCAAAACAGCAACGACAAACGGUGGGUGUUGUUGUAGCAGCCGGCACAACAACAUGGGGUUCUAUUAGCAUCGCACAGCAAAAACAACAACAGGAGCAACUGUUGCAAGAGCAAAAACAAAAAGAACAACAGAAAGAGCAGCAACAACAGCAAACUGAAGAACAGCCGGAAAAUAUUGAUGCUAAGAAAAAGAACAAACACAAGAAUCCGAAAAAGAAUGGCGUUGACAACAAACAGAACAAUGACAAUAAAGCCCAUACCAGCGGUGUCGGUAACAAAAAACAAAAUAACAACAAAAACAAAGUGCCGGCUAGUAGUGCAUUAAAAACAAAAACAACCGCUGCGGAGCGCUUAAGUAGCGACACAGGCGAUGAUAAAGAAAACGCCUGCGUUACAUCCACGCAGGAGGAGAACUGCGAAGACACGAAAACGGCAACAAACGCCAAUAAAAAUGGUAAAAUAGCUAGUGACAAACAACAGCAGCAAACGGUUGGUCGCAAUAAGAAAAACAACAAUAAUAGUAACAAUAACAACGCCAAAGGUCAAAAUAGCAAAACAUUCACGAAUAGCAACAAUAAGAGCCAGUGGAAGCGUAUUGAAAAGCGUAACAGCGUCAUAUUUAGCACCAAUCACCAUUACAGCAACUACAACAAUAGCAACAGCAACAGCAACAGCAGCUAUAGUAACAGCAAGCAUAACAAAUAUCGCUUGUCAAAUUCCAAUACGCCCAGCAUCCUCACCGAUGACGAUGAUGAUUAUCGCGAUGAUAUCGCCGCCGACAUGACAGACACCGAUUCGGUACGAUCUCAUGAUUGGCAAGGUAAGAACUGCCGUCGACAACAACAACAACAACAGCAAGCGAACGGAAAAAAACUUACCGCCGGUGAAUUAUUAGCUGCCGCCCUAAUGGUGCCCUGUAAGAAGUGUAACAAAGUGAAAGCACCAAAUAUGGCAAUGCUCGGUAGUGCGCAUCAAUAUCGCAAAUCUAAAUCGUAUAUAGGCGGCGGCGGUGAAAAUGGCAAUGGGACGGGUAGUAGUGCUUCUGCCGAGAGUUGGCUAAAUUUGAGUGGUAGUGGAGGUAAAAAUAGCGCCAAUCAUCGCUAUCAGCGCUCGCACAGCGAUCGUCGCACUUCAUUCGAUCGCAUUUUUGCCGAACGUAAUAAGGAUUUUGUGCCAAUUGUACAGCCGGCACGUCCUGUACUCGCAUCGUCGAACAUCGAACGCGUUCUAACCGAUACCGAGAAGAUGGUUAUCAUCGAACGUUUGGGAAAGGGACGCGUGACAUAUCCCAUAAUGCAGUGCGGGACCCUAGACGCACACUCCGAAUCGUCAUAUCAUUACCAACAGCGUUCCAACAGAAUGGAUGUAUAUCAAAUUGAUGACGGUUUCCACUCCGACGGUGGCACCGAAACACCACCACCAUCACCCAGUUCGGGCUCAUCCAUAGCAUCGGCCUCCGAUCACGGUUCAUUGGAGAGUGUCGAUACUGGCGGUACUCAACGUUUGGCUGUGCUUUCAUUCGAACAGGUGCGCAAAUUGCACGAUGUCAUGGAUGAAAAAGUUGCCAUACAUGGACGUGGUAAUUUUCCCACACUCGAAGUGCCCCUAAAAGACUUGGUCAAUAUGGUCAGACGCAAGCUGGAAGCGGAUGUGAGUGCGGGCGGCGCUGGUGUGAUAGUCAAGGAUGUGCGCUUGAAUGGCGGCGCAGCUAGUCAUGUUUUAGCUUCCGAGGAUCAGCCAUACAAUGACUUGGACUUGAUCUAUGCCAUUGAAUUGACUUCGUCGCGGCACUUCGAUCGUGUCAAGUCCGCUGUGCUGAGCACUUUGUUGGACCUCUUGCCCGAGGGUGUGUGCAAGCGUCGCAUUAUGCCAUGCGCUCUCAAGGAGGCCUACGUCGGCAAAAUGGUUAAGGUCAACAAUAACAAUGAUGGUGACCGUUGGUCACUUAUAUCGCUGGGCAAUUCGCCCGGUCAUAAGAAUGUCGAACUGAAAUUUGUCGACACGAUGCGACGCCAGUUCGAGUUCUCAGUGGAUUCGUUUCAAAUUGUCUUGGACUCGCUGCUACUUUUCUACGACUGUGCCGCUCUACCCAUAUCGGAGAACUUCUAUCCGACUGUGGUCGGUGAGUCGGUGUACGGUGACUUCCAGGAGGCGCUCUAUCACUUGCAAAAGAAAUUGAUCUCAACACGACAGCCAGAGGAGAUACGCGGCGGCGGUUUGCUCAAGUACUGUAACUUAUUGGUGCGCAACUAUAAGCCAGUCGAUCCGCAACACAUCAAGACUCUGGAACGUUACAUGUGCUCACGGUUCUUCAUCGAUUUCCCUGACAUUAAUACGCAAACUAAGAAGCUGGAGGCGUACUUGUCCAAUCACUUCUGGGGCGUCGAUGAGGAGCCACUUCAAUACCAGUACCUGAUGCAUUUACGUGAGGUCGUCGAAAUGUCUACGGUGUGCCUGAUGGGCCACGAGCGGCGGCAGACCCUAAUGCUGAUACAGUCGCUGGCCGCGCAGGUGCUCUACAAGGAGCAACAGAAGCAGCAGCAGGCGCAGGAACAGUACCAUCAGCAACAGCAGCAGCACCUCCACCAACAACAGCAGCCAGUCGAUGUGCAGAAAGCACAAACACAACAACAACAACAACAGCAGCAGCAGCAGCAGCAACUGCAGCAGCCACACCAACAAGUAACGCUGGUCACAACACAACACCAACAACAACAGCAAAUGCAAGCGCCGCAAACACAGACCAUCUACGUGCAACAGGCGACCGCUGCGGCGCCACAGGCCACAACAGCGACACUGUGCUGUACACCAGCCGGCGCCGAGCAGCAGCAGCAACAACAGCAACUGCAAGUGCAACAAGCGCAGCAGGUGCAGGCGAUACAGACACACGCUGCGGUGGCACAGCCGACGGCCACCAUACUGGUCUACAAUGGCGUCUAUUACGCACCUGUGAUUCCGACUAUUUGCACAUGCAACCAGACGUGGUUGAGCACGUGAUUGGCGAGUGAGCCAGCAGCGGCGACAGCAGCUACAAACACGACAACAACCACAUCAACAACAACAACAACAACAACAACAAUAGCAGCAGCAGCAAAUACAACAGCAACAGUACCCAUAGUACCAGAAGAAGCAGCCACAACAGCGCUCGACUAUCAGCUGCAAGAAGAGCAAGCAGCAACUGACUACCUGGAACUGCAAUCAACACUUUUGUCAUCGGCAGGCGCGCUAAUCUAUGACAGCGACAGCAGCGACACGUACAACAA